GUAUUAAAUAGAUUCCUCGUAUGGGCAAUAAAAUCUCCUUUUGGUAUGAUACAUGGGUGGGUAAGGAUCCCCUUAGUUCUGUGAUUUAUGGGCCACACCAUGUUAAUGCACCUAACAUUACUGUUAGAGAUGCUCUUCUUUCCUCUGGGGAAUGGAACUGUGAUUUGAUCUCAUAUUCACUCCUUACUGAUAUUGUUAAUAGGCUAAGGGCCAUUCCUUUUAAAUUCUCUGAUGCUGGAACUGAUACAUUUAUUUGGGGAUGUCACCAGGCUCCUGAAACUCUCAAUCAUAUCUUUAGGGAGGGUUUCCUUGCCAAAUUGUUGUGGAGUCUCCUUACUCCUCAUCCUAUUAACAAUCUUUUUCACGAUCUUGAUUUUGAUGACUGGCUCUUUGCUCAUUUUAAUCAAUCUAAAUUUUCUGGUUUUGAGGGAUGGAGUACUUCCUUCUCGUACAUCAUUUGGUCCCUUUGGUAUUUUCGAAAUCUUCUGGUUCAUGAGAAGAAGAAUUUCUCGUUGGUUAUGGCUAGGGAUUUCAUCUUGUCAAAAAUCAAUGAGUAUAAGCAGCUUCAUCCAGUUUCCUUAAAUACUAAAACUAUUUAUACUGUCUUUGUUGGUUGGAACCCUCCCCCUCCUGGUGUUGUGAAGUUGAAUACUGAUGGUUCAGUUGUGACAAACCCAGGAAAUGCUGGUGCCGGAGGAAUUUUCAGAGAUGAUCUUGGAAACUAGCUGUUGGGAUUUUACAGGAAUAUUGGAUAUACUUCCAGUCUUUCGGUUGAGCUAUGGGCCUUAAACUGGCCAUGGACAAGGGAUUUUCCCAGCUCAUUGUUGAAACCGAUUCUAUGGUUGCAAAAACAUUGAUUGAAUCUGCUAAUUCUGAUUCUCACUCACUGGGGUUUUUAAUUGAUGAUUGCAGGGAUAUGAUGUCCCAAGUCACCAGCCUUCAGCUUAGACAUGUGUUCAGAGAAGCCAACAGUAUUGCUGACAAGUUGGCUAAGAAGGGUACAAAGUCGAACUCUCCUUUUGUUGUGCUGAAUCAAUGUCCUUCUGAUCUUUGUAAUGUUUUGUAUUUGGAUGUUAUUGGGAAUAUGACUCCCAGGACUACUGUAUCUAGUUAAUUAUCUAUGCUAUCUCCUUUUUCUACCAAAAAAAAAAGAGAUUGUAUGUCAUUCAUUCACCAACUGAAGAUGUGAAACUUGGCCUACAAGUCAAUGUCUAUCUAUCUCAACAUUAACUCUAUAAAGGUCCACUGUUCAU